AUGAACGAUUCAUUACUUCUAGAAGUGCGUAAUUUGCAAACAGAAUUAACAAAGAUUCGUCAAGAUAUUCAUGCUCAUCCGGAGAUGGCCAUGGAAGAAGAACGAACGUCAAGUCUUGUCGCUACUAAGCUCAAUGAAUGGGGUCUAACCGUGACUAAAGGUGUCGGUCAAUUCGGUGUUGUUGGAACAUUGACAAGUAGUAAGCCAGGCACUCGUUCUAUUGGUCUUCGUGCUGAUAUGGAUGCUCUGGAACUUAUUGAAAAAUGUGAUGUACCAUAUGUUUCAACCAAACCUGGCAUCAUGCACGCUUGCGGUCAUGAUGGACACACGACAAUGCUACUUGGCGCUGCAAAAUAUUUAGCUGAACAUCGAGAUUCAUUCUUUGGAACCGUUCAAUUUAUUUUUCAGCCGGGUGAAGAAGGACUUCGAGGCGCAAUUGCAAUGAUUAAUGAUAAUUUAUUCGAAAGAUUUCCCGUCGAUGCGGUCUAUGGAUUACACAAUAUGCCGGAACCAUUAGGAACAUUUUCUAUACGAUCAGGCCCUCUCAUGGCAGCAUCCGAUCGUUGGUAUGUUACAUUUCGUGGUACAGGAGGUCACGGAGGUGCAGGACCUCAUCUUGCAACAGACGUAACAGUCUUACAAGCACAGUUCAUCGUGGCUCUACAAACAAUUGUUAGUCGUAAUGUCAAUGCAAUUGAUUCAGCAGUGAUCAGUGUUGGUGCCAUCCAAGGCGGUUCUUUCUUAUCGGCUAAUGUUAUGCCAUCUGAAAUACGUAUUGCAGGUACUGCACGAAGUUUUACUGAAUCAGUCCGUAAUCUUAUCGAACGUCGUAUGAAUGAACUAGCAAAUAAUUUAGCAACGGCAUUUGAUUGUACAGCUCAUAUAGAGUACAAUCGAGGAGGUAUCCCCCUCGUUAAUCACAAUGAAGAAACACAACGAGCAAUCAACGCUGCUGAAGCAGUCGUUGGUACAGUGAACGUGAACAAGAACAGAGAACCUAUCAUGGGCGGUGAAGAUUUUGCUUUUAUGCUUUUGAAACGACCAGGUGCUUUUAUUUUUAUGGGUAUCAAUGAUGAAAAAGUAUCGGUUAAAUUGCAUUCACCUGAUUAUAACUUUAAUGAUGAUGCAAUUCCAUUUGGUGUUGCCUAUUGGAUAAGUCUUGUCCAACAAGAACUCAAAACUUGA